CCGGAUUCAUAACGUAGUACUUAUCUCCAAAUUGGACCGACGUUCAUCGAUCACAAAUUCACUGGAUAGAAUUAUAUUGUGGAUUUGCCUACGAUGAGCACAGUUAUCAAAAGAGACAGAAUGUGGAGAUGCGUUGUCAAGAAGCCCCAACAUUACGAGCUGGUGUUGGAAGCAACCGAGACUUCAACCGAGAAACAUCGCAGUGUUCUUCCUGCGUCUUCACCUAAUCACAAUCGGUGGCUCCUUCAAGAGAAGUGGCAGGCAAAAUAGUCAUGAGCGAUAUGUAAAAGCAUAUUUGUCUGUCGGCUUAUAGUGUCGACGGAACUUCGUAUAUGUAAAAGUAGAAUCAUAUGAUCCGCAAUGAUAUAGGCGGAGGUACGACAAACGUCUUCGAAAUUGGAGCUUCGUGGAUCCAAAUUGGAUCGCGAAGGUCGCAAGCUUAGCUCCUACGUUGAUAUGGUGGGAAAGGUCAUAGCGCACAUGGAUUCUGAGCAUGAGGAGAGAAUGUCUAACCUGCAGGACAACGGGCAUACGCUGUAACACUUUGAUGGAUGACGAUUAUCAACUCGAACUCUCCACUGAUUGUGAGAAUGUUUGUGCACGGGGAAGUGGACUUCUGGUGUUGGAUGCGAUAUGUACAGGCAUGACCGCUUCACUCUUCCCGAUGAGAUCUAUCCCAACCACAAUAAGUACACGCAUGUAUAAGUAUCAUAGUACAGGGUCAUUCAAGUGUAGUGCUCGCGUAGGGCAUGUGCUGAAAUCAUGAAACGGGUUGUUUUCAAUGACAUCGUCCACAGGUGCAACUUCCAAAUCGCACCGAAAGGUAAUCAGACCAGUUCAACGAUAUCAGUUGUGAAUUAGUGCGAUGAUAGUAGAGGGUAUAUAUUAAGGGAUAGACAGAUGUAUGACCGUCGGCACACCAUGCCGUUCGAUGUUUUGCAGAAACUCUUUGUUUAAAGAUGCACGAAAGCAGAUGAAAAGCCCGAUUCGGUCAUGCAUAACAAGUCAGAUACUAACGUAGUGCAACGGUCGAAGGGUUUGACUUCCUUGAUGUCGAAGGAAUCAGGUCCUAGGUGAAAUCAAACCAAGGUUAGAUCUGUCGUGAGAAGCCCUUAUCUUCAUCUAGGAUCUCGAUCCAAUCGCUGCUUCCGUGACGUGCAUUAAACAGUUGAAAAACCCACGUGUUUAAGUCUUUCAUGCCUAUCUGCCAACACGUUUUUCAGAUGACAGUGGGGAAUGUAAUAAGAGAAUAUACAGCAUAACUGAUGUGUAUGCAACUGCUAGGCUUGGUAACUACGCUUAUUCGAGAUGCCGG